AUGUGGCUCCAAAGUUUGUACAUUCUACCGCUGGUGGCGGUUUCGGUGGCCUUGGCCGCCUCAAUUGAUACGCGCUGCCUUCGCUACAGCAACGGUAUGAAGGCGCAGGUGUUGCCGCAUCUACAGGAUUGCCGGAAGUUCGUCAUGUGUGACAUGGGAGGGUAUGGCCAGGAGAUGCAGUGUCCACCUGGACUGUACUUUAAUGCUGAGGAGCAUACGUGCUCCUUCGACACGGUGCAAUGUCGGCACGGUGAGCUGAAGGAUGGUACCGUGGAGGAGGUGCAACGACCGCCGCAACAACCGCCGCAACAACCGCCGCAACAACCGCAGCCUGUCCCAAUCGCACCACAACCGGCACCGGAAUCCAUUCCCGAUCCACUGCCAGUACCACAACAGCCCAUCCCUUCAAUUCCGAUCGUUCCUCCGAUCAUCGUAGUUACAUCACCACCAUCGGAGGAGAACUGGAAACCCAUCAUCCCCAAUGCACCACCGCUGGUGCUGGAGCCACAAGAGCAACUCACCGGCCAGCAUCAGACGGAUCUAUGCCGUAACAAACCGAUCGGCGAGGUGUAUCCUGUACUGGAUAACUGUGCCCUGUAUGUCGUUUGCCUUGGGGACAAUCGGGCUAUCGUACCCCGCUGUCCGCUUGGUCUGCUGUUCGAUUCGAGACAAAGGCGCUGCGAGUUCUCCGAGUUUGCCAUCUGUUCGACACCUCGAGACUUUAUCGAUGACAGCGUGGUCCUAACCGAGGAUAAACCGGAGGCUCUUGCUAUCGUUCCGAUGGAGGAGAUGAAUGCGUUGACCGAUACAGAACGUAAGCUGCACCAGCCUAUGCCUAUCGCACAGGAACCGGACAGCGUUGUGGCUGAGGAUAAUGGCUUCCGGGUGGUGGACAACCAUCCUCGGUGCCUGGCUCGAUCAGAUCUCACCAUGACCGUGGAGUUACCGCACGACACCGACUGCACGAUGUACCUAGUGUGCGUUGGCCGAGUUGCCAUCGAGAAGCACUGUCCGGCCGGUCAGCACUGGAAUGCGAUGCGUGGCUGGUGUGACUUUGCUUCCCAGGCUGGCUGCAAACUGUAA